AAUCACCGCUACGCCGCCUUUUCCGUGCCCCGACCCUGGAAGCGCCUCGUCCCCGCUCGACAUCUCGGCUUGUAUUGCAUCCUUCCCGGCUAUUUCCUCCUCCUGAGCCCGCCGGACUCCUCCCAGCUUCUGCUCGGCGCGUCGCCGCCUCUUGCUUUGUUGAUGUUUCACUUAGUUUUAAUGCGCAGUUCCCAAGAUGGAGGCAGCGCUGGGGCCACGCGAGUUGCUCGGGCUGGUGGCAGGGCUCCUUCUGCUGCCUCCAAGCCUGUUCGCCCCGAAUCCGACAGCCGCCUUCUCCCGGGUGGUAAGCCAGGAAGACAUCAAGAUUAAAGUAAAUAUACUGGAAACCACCGGGGAUAUUCAGGAAAGACAGGUUGUCCUUAAUAUUACUUAUGUGAAUGGUCAAGUGUAUGUAAAUGACUUUCCACUGAAGAGCGGAGUCACGCGGAUAAAAUGUCAAACUUUAAUCUUGAAGAAUGGAAACCAUGAUACCUUAGGAAUUGUCAGCGUUCGCAUUAUGAUUCAUGAGUGGCCAUUGGCGUCCAGCUCCAACUUGCAAUUGAUUGUUGUUCAGGAAGAAGUGACCAAUAUCGACGAAAAGCAGGUUAAACAAGACGAAGUGAUAGAAAUAGAUCUAUUGGUAAAGGAUCAGCAAGUCCUGAGACAUACAAACUACACCGUUCCUCUGGAGGAAAGUAUGCUGUAUUCCAGCCCGAGGAACAAUGAUAUUUUGUUUACACUUCCAAACUUUGCCGGAAAAGAUGUUGAAAGUCCUUUACAAACAACCAGCCUCUACCUUCUCAGGCAAGUAGAAACUACUGUGGAUGAACAGACAAUGCCUGGCAAAUUGCCAGAGACUCCACUCAGAGCAGAGCCACCAUCAUCUUAUAAGGUGAUGUGCCAGUGGGUAGAAGAUCUGAGAAAGGAGCUUUGUACAUUUUGGCUCAAUUCUUUUCCUGUAUUUUUUAAUUUUAUGGAGGUCAUUGUGGUUGGAGUUGUAGGAGCAACUCUAAUCCUAAAAGUAUUAAAAGUAUUUUGUCCCUCAUGUGAAACCAGGGGAGUCCUUCAACUUGAUGCCAAUGUCAUACCUGUGGCUGCAAUAAGUUUACUUCCAGCAAUUCCAGAGAAGACAAACAACGUAGAGGAGAAAUGUAUUUAAAAAAUAUGAGUACUGUAAUUAUUUCAGUUUGUUGACCUAAUGAACUUGGCACUUGGAUCUUAAUAUAUUACUUAAUUCAGCCUUCUGAAUGUACUGUCCUCUAGACUUCAGGACUACAACUUCCAGUAUUCAUAAAUAAUUGCAGUACUGACAUAUCUAGAGGAAUCUAGUUUGGGAACUGCUGAUUUCACAGCAGUUCUCAGCUUGCUGUUUUUAUUAAAUUUAUGAAUGAUUCAUAUUUAAAGGGGAAUUAAGGCUGAGGCCCAGACUAAUUUUUGGAUUUUUUUCAUUUCAACCUUAUAAUGUAUUCUUGGCUGAAAAAACAACAACAACCCAGUUUCCUUACAUAAGGACUUCAGUAAGUUCUAAGUUCUGUGAAGUAAUUUCCUGCUCCCUGAAAUGAUAUCUUCUUUGUAUCUUCCCAACUAUAUUGGCUGCAGGACACACAAGGCUAAUCCAGGAAAUUUGACUCAGAUUAAUGGAACAGAAUAAGUAGCAUCAACAGGAGCAUCGACUUGUGAUAAUACUAAAAGCUAUUUUAGGCCUUUAAGCGUGCCUUAUGGGGGUAGUCAAAAGCAUAAGAGUUUUCAUACUGUUCUGACAGUAAACAUUGGUGCAAUUUUUGUUUGGAUUUUCCAAAAAUAUUGUAAGCACUUUCAGGGUCUUUGCUACUGAAUUUAUGAACAUUUGUAAAAAAUGUGCUUCUUAAACACUUACAAUAUACACUACAAAUGUCUUUUAUCCAGGAAUACAAAAUGUCUAAAAGUACUGUAUAAAUCCAGAGCAUUUUUAUAUACCAAUUUGUAAGAUCAUCAGAUAUUAUUGCAAAUUUGCAUCUUGAGAUAAAUUGGAGACCAUCUUUUUUCAAAUUUGAACAGGGAGCAAAUCUGGAUCCAGUCCAUUGCAUUUGCCAAGUACUCUUAUCGUGUUCUAGUUGUAGUUAAAUAUGAAGUAGGAUCUUGUGGCUUCAACUGUCCAUAAUGUUUGGGUGUGACUAUAAUUACAAGCAGUUUGUUUCAACUGAGUUGUAAGUCACUGUUUCUCAUUUAUAAAAAUCCAUAAUUGGUGUUUGAAAAUGCUGCUGAUCAGGAAAUACUGUAGAGCUCACGUUUCCUUUCCUAUGUCUGUGAACAUUAUGUUAAUAGAAGUUUUGGUGAAUGCUGAAAUAAGGUGUUUCAAGUUGUUAGCACAUUUACUAAAUGAGAGGCACAGUCCAUUGAUGUUCAUCGUUCCAAAACUAAAUUUACCUAGGACAUUUUUUCAGUUUUCCUUAUUGCUACCAACACAGGCAUUUAUUUCAUCAGCAACCAAGAAUAUUGAAAUAACAUUGUAGAAGAAGAUCACCAAAAAUAUUGCAGUUGCUGCAUCAUACUUUGCUGCCUUAUUGGUACAGUUCAAUGGAAGACACAUCAGAAAGGCAAAUGGCACUAUUGUGUGCUUUGGAAUUGAAUAACUGAGUUGCGGACGCAAUUAUAUCCAACUGCUUUAAAACUGUUCUAGAAGACAUUUCAGUUCAACCAAUUGUUGAUAGUCCCAAUGGCAACAUUGAAAAAGGUGAGCACAGAAUCUCAAAUAAAGGCUGUCAUCCGUUAGUUUAAAAAGUGUGAAAGCUACUCAAACAGUUGAUGUCAUUGCUGAAGCACUACAGCCAGGUGGUGGUGAUACAUUAGAUUGUAUCUAAUACUAAAAUACAGAAUAGGAAAUAAGUGCCUUUUUUUUUAAAGAGCCUUUUUCCUAGGGCUGAGAGAAAGAGGGAUUGGCCUAAUUAACAGCUGGUUUUGCACCUAAGGUAGAACUAGAAUCCAUGGUUUCAAGCCCAGUGCCUUUAACCACUAUAUGAACCUCUGUGGCUUAACCAUAUGUUCUGACAAGAGCAAGGUAUUCACAACUAAUGAUUCUUGGGCAACCAUCAACUUCGAUAGAGCUCAGCUUGAGCAACUUCGGUAAUUUAAAUAAGUUGUCCAAGAACAGAAAAUUGUUGCCACAGUUGGUAUCAGUCAUCAAAUCAGCCAGACUGCCUCAAUCUUCAGUAUGUGGAUAUGUUGCCCUGGUGAAAAAGCCAAAAUGCAAUUCAUGUAAUUGUGACAAUGUUGCUGUAUAUGGUGCAGAAUCUUGCUUCAAACUAAUUUGAAUUUUUUUUGAAGUUUUCCCAAUGUGCUGUCUCCCAUUUCUAUUAUUGUAUAUUAGGAACUUCAGUUUAUGACAGAAGGUUACAUGAAAAGAGAUACUGCAACCAGCCCAUUAUAGCUGAUGAGGUUCUGGAGCAUUUGAGGCAAUCAUUUGGGCACAUCUGCAUAACUUAAUGCCCACUUUCUUAUUAUUCUGGAAAUCAUUCUGUGGGUUGGAAAAGUAUAUGAUCAGCUCUUAAAGAAACUUGGCUGGAGCAUGUAACAAAACUCUGACUCAAUAAAAGUGAAAUAGCUGGGCCACAGCAAACGAACAUGGAGGAAUGUGCUGUGAUGUCAGCAGACACAGAGCACUUAAGCUAAGCAUUGGUUAAACUAUAGGUUACCAAAUGGGAGUUCAGGACUUGAAGCAAGCAAGAUGAGUAAUAUAAAACAUUUAGGUGAACAUUCUGAAAAAUCGAAAACUUCCAAGGCGUUUUUAAAAAAAUAGAAUAUUAGUUGGGCAGAUGGAAGAUCUAUAGCAAGGGUUUCCAACCCUGGGCCAGUCUGUGACCUGUUAAGAACUGAGCUGCAUAGCUGGAGGUGAGUGGUGGGCGAGUAAAACCAAAACCAUCACCACCACUCCAGUCUCUGCAAAAACUGUUUUCCGUGAAACUGGUCCCUAGUGCCAAAAAGGUUGGGGACUGCUAAUCUACAGUACUUACUUCAAAUGUCUUAUUUUCUGUAUGGGACAUCUAGAUGUCCCUCAAGCAGCUUUAUGUUUGAAAACAGCAGCUGUCACUUACUGUUCUCUUGUGCAAUUCCUGUUCAAAUAAAUCUAUCACACCAA